AUGGCGCCUCAAUCGUCGACUGUGAGCCUCAACAGCCCCAUGCUGUCCAUCUUCGCAUACUGUGGAAGCAGCAUCUUGAUGACCGUCGCGAAUAAAUACUGUGUGAGCGGGACGGGAUGGAAUUUGAGCUUCUUCUUGCUGGCCAUACAGUCCCUGGUCUGCAUAAUAGCAAUCUCGACUUGCAAAGCAAUGGGCCUCAUCACUUACCGCGACUUCAACACCGAUGAAGCCCGAAAGUGGUUCCCCGUCUCCCUCCUACUCAUUGGCAUGAUCUACACCUCGAUCAAGGCCCUGCAGUUCCUCAGCAUCCCCGUGUACACCAUCUUCAAGAACUUGACCAUUAUCCUCAUCGCAUAUGGGGAGGUGCUAUGGUUUGGAGGCUCCGUCGGUGGAAUGGCUCUCCUCGCUUUCGGAUUGAUGAUUGCCAGCAGUAUCAUCGCUGCCUGGGCUGAUGUCRCACACGCUUUGGCUGCGUACGGCGGGGAUGCCUUGACGGGUGAGGCUGCCGAGAAGAUUGCUACGUUGAACGCGGGAUACAUUUGGAUGGCAUUAAACUGCUUCUGCUCCGCUGGAUUUGUGCUCGGCAUGCGAAAACGGAUCAAGUUGACCAACUUCAAGGACUUUGACACCAUGUACUACAACAACCUCCUCUCCAUUCCAAUCCUCCUCAUCUGCUCCCUCCUCCUCGAAGACUGGUCCUCGGCCAACAUCGCCAUCAACUUCCCUCCUGGCCGUCAGGGACCCAUGGUCGCUGCCAUGGUUUUCACUGGUCUCAGCAGCAUCUUCAUCUCGUAUUGCAGUGCUUGGUGCGUGCGAGUAACAUCCUCCACGACCUACAGCAUGGUCGGCUCCCUCAACAAGCUUCCCAUAGCCAUCAGUGGACUGAUCUUCUUUGACGCACCCGUGACGGCGGCCAGUGUAAGCGCCAUCUUCUUGGGAUUCGUAAGCGGAAUCGUCUACACUCUGUCGAAGAUCUGGUCAAGCAAGGACAAGGACGCAAAGACCAGCCUCCCAACCACCUCGGCAAGUUCGCAGAGCAUGAGGGAUUCGCUCAAGUCAUAA